UGGAGCUGCACUUCCGGCCUGUCAGCUGUCUCUCCUCCUCCUUCUCUUCCUGGGAGGCCUUGAGCCUUUUAUUGCUCUUCCUCCUCCCUGGAGCCCAUGGAGCCUCCUGGGCAGCAGGUGAGGCAGGGGAGCCCCCACAGCCCCGGCCAAGGCGGCCCUGGACAGAGCCAAAUAAAUAUGACUUACAUACCCACAGAGGAUGAAAAGAGAGUCUUCAGAGAAUGCAAUGAGGAGAGCUUCUGGUACAGAUCCUUGCCUCUCUCUGGCAUAAGCAUGUUAAUCACACAGGCGCUAAUCAAGAAAGGAAUUCUUACAACACAUUCAAGAUUUGGCUCAUUACCAAAAGUUGCAUUUGCUGGCUUAUGUGGAUACAUCGGAGGGAAGAUUUCCUAUAUGAAGACAUGCCAAGAGAAGUUUAAAAAGCUAGAGAAUUCCCCACUUGGAGAAGCUCUGAGGAAACAUCGACCAUUUCCACAUGAGUAUAAUUCUCAACAACCAGGAUUUCCAAAAGUGCCUUCACCUUUUGAAAGUGCUCCAGCAGCAGAAUCAUUAGAGUCUUCAAAAUAUGCUUCAAAGUAUGCUGUUGAUAAUUAUGGAUCAAUAGACUUUCGCUCUAAUUAUGAACCUGUCCCAUUUAGUUCUUCUAUGAAUGAAUCCUCACCUACUGGAAUAACAGAUAGUUCCCCUCAAGAACCUACACCACCAAUGGAAGAAGGUCCAAAAAGAAGAGGAAUUACAUAUGAUGAACUAAGGAGCAGAAACAGAGAAGUGUAUGAGGCAGGAAUAACGCAGAGGUCAGAUGUUCCAUCAAAGUCAUCACAGGAAAUACCAUUAAAGAAAGAAGGUAAAGUCAAUAAGUACGGAGACACUUGGGAAGAGUGAAAAUCUUUGCGCCUUCUUAAGACAUUUCUUCAAUCAACUAAUUCACCUUCCUUAUCAGGAUGAAUUAAAUAUCAAAAUUUUCUGUUUUUUGUGGAAUGCAAAUGUAUGACAAUAAAAGAUAUAGGCCUGCCUAUUUCACUUGGCAAA